CACACACAAAUGCACACACACACACACACACACACAUACACAAGCGAAGCUAAUGCUGUACAGUUUGUUUCACUUUUACUUUUAUCUUCCGAAGACAAGAGAAGCAAAAUGUCUGGCUCUGGACACCCUUAUAAUUCCUCAUAUGAGGUCUCAACAGGGGUAAGCAAGAUACACUGGGGGCAGAUAGUGGUGUGGGGACACAGAGUAUGUUUUAUAUGAAAGAGAGUGUUUGAGAGAGAUGCACAGUGAGUUAAAAGAGGUAAUUUGGUCAGUGACGUGGGGAUUAGGAAGAAAGAGACAGGGAGCUGUGUGUUAGGGAAGGAGGGGCAGGACGGUAAAAUGUUACAAAAACUGUUACAAUUUAACUCUUUGCGUUCAGAGGGGUUAUAUGAUUUGUACUUCGAUCCUCUCUAGCACUCAAAUGGUUAAAGUAACGAAAUAUCAAUAUCAAUAUACUGCUUUCCAUCAGGAGGGGAAUAAGCUUAAUUCACACUAAAAUAUGUCAAUAGCACAUUACUGUUAGAACCAGGUGGUGGAAGAACGUACGAUGUGCAGGGCAUAAUUAGAUAAGCAAAAACAUUUGCAGCUUUGGGGUGCUAUAAAUAUGGAGAAAUCCCCUAAAAAAGCAAGAAAAAGUCUUCUGUGAUUUUUACAAUGUCUCAGCUACAAUUUUCCCUGAUGAGAUGAGACACACUUAUUCAGCCAGGGAUUACAAAAAUACAAAAAAAAAAAAAAAAAAGUGGACGAUUAAAAAUAAAUGUGCAUGGAUUAUGUAUUAUAUAUUUGACAAUAGGAGUGAAUGGCUGUAACUCCUGAAAAAGUGUGCUGGUAUAAGCGUUUAAAAAAAUAUAUAAAUAUUUAUUUAUAUUUGGCACACAAAGUACAGGCACGUCACAUGGAAGUGUAACUGCAAAAGUUCUGCCAUUGUGGAGAUGCAAUCGGACAAUAUGGCUUUGUGAAUAGCCAAACAAAACAAACAUAAAAAGAAGAGGGAAAGGGAGUGUGGAGGUGAGGGAGCAGGGUCUGCCAGAGGUGAGGUGGCUAUAUAUUAACAUUGUAUCAGACAUUUUAGAAAAUAUGUUUUUGAAAUGUGAGUGGGACCUAACUAAUGAGCAUUCUAAUAAGUGUUUGUUCUCAGUGUUCUCAUAUUUUCUGUUUUUGCUUUGUUUAUAUUCAGAUGUACCUGUUUAUGUGAGGCUAUUCACAGAUCGUGAGUGGCGGGUAGAAGUCUGAUAUAUUAAUAAACUAUCUGUCCCCCCAGACCACAAUUAUCGCAGUGGAGUUCGAUGGAGGGAUUGUCAUAGGGUCAGACUCACGGGUGUCGGCCGGGUAAGUAUUUUAAGUUCCUUUUACGUGUGUUUAUAGAAAUUCAUUACUUAUGUUGUUGUGCCUACUGGCUAUCAACAUGGGAAGGUAUGAGGCCAGGAUAGGAAUGGGGGUUUAAAUGCCGACUAUCAUUACAGUGAACAACAGCGCCAGGAAGAGCGUCAGCACGGCGGCAUGCCUAUGCCCAACAAGGGGGCAUGUCUGCCCAAAGAAUUGGAAGGCCAGCCUGGCAUGAAUGCAUGUCAGGCUGCCUGCCAAUCAUGCAGGCUGGCCAACUAAGGGCAUACUAUGCAGACAACAUCCUGAGCAUGACAUACAUGCGUCAAAUCAUGCGCUCAUUACACGCUUUCUAAUGCCUGUCCCCUAGCACUCACAUGUCCACUUGUCUCCUAAUCUUCUUACUAGCAGACAUAAGCUACUGGUAUCUGGUAUAGUCUGGGACAGAGAAAAGGUGUAUGUAGUGAGUAUAGAAGAAAGGGGAUAUGCAACAGUGUUAGAGAGACCAAAGUCAGCAUUACCUUAACUCAUUUCAUUAUCAGCCAGUCCAUACAAGUUUUGUUCCCAUACAUCCCUUUUAAGCUUCCAUACUUAAAGGGACACUGAAGGCACCCAGACCACUUCAGCUCAUUUAAGUGGUCUUAAUGCAUACUCCCAUCACCCUUAACCCUAGAGUGGUAAUUAUUGCAGUUUUUAUAAACUGCAAUAAUUAUCUCUCAGAGUUAACUCCUCCUCAAGUGGCUGUCUACCAAAAAGCCACUAGAGGGACUUCUGGGCUUGAAGACUACUUAUGCAUGAGGACUUCCAGUGUCACCGGAAUCCCCAUAGGAAAGCAUUGAAUAAUGCUUUCCUAUGGUGAAAUCCUAAUGCGAGCGCGAGGGAGGAGCAUAGGCGGAGCUGAGCCAGCGCUGAGGGACAUCAGUGCUGGACGCAGGUAAGUACCAGAAGGGGUUAUUAACCCCUUCUGCACCACAGGGGUGGGCCUUUACAAAGGUAGAAGCUAUAGUGCCAGGAAAAUUAGUUUGUUUUCCUGGCACUAUAGUUUCCCUUUUAGCAAGAGUAUGUGAAGAGUAGUUAGGGUUGCCACCUUUCUUGGGAAAAAAUACCGACCUUAAUCAUUUGUAUAAUUAAUUAUGUAUGCGUGACAUCACAUGAUCACAAGGAGUGUAAAUCACAAGGAGUGACAUAAGAGAAGAGUCUGUAAAAUAACCAAAAAACUACUUACAGUUUUAAUCUGCUGUAUAGAUGGACUGCUCCCAGUGUCUCCCUGUCUCCCAGUGUCUCAGUCUCCCAAGUCACCCAGUGUCUCAGUGUCCCCAUGUUGCCAGUCCGCUAGUUUCCCAGUGUCCUCAUUUCUCCCAUUGUCCCCAUGUCUGUGACACAGUGUCUGUGUCCCCAGGUCUCCCAGUGUCCCCUGUGUAUUACAGCGUCUCAGAGCCCCAUGUCUCCCAGUGUCCCCUUGUGUCUCCAUGUCACCCAGUGUCCCCCUGUCUCACAGUGUCCCUGUUAUGACAGUGACCAAAACACGCAAAGUGUAACCCAAACAGAAAACGUAUUACCGGACCUUAGAAUGGCCGGGUUCAACGUAGAUAGAAUAGUCGAGAAAUAGCCAAAGACAACGGAAACCAGAUAUCAGGAUAACGAUAAAACUAACCGAGUCAGGGAACCAGAUAACAGGAAAAACGAGAAAACAAGCCAAGUCAGGAUACCAGAAUGGAGAAUAGUCAAAAGUACAAGCCGAAUCAAAAUUCCGAGGAUACAAACAGGAAAACAUCAAGCACUAGAGGGAACCAAGAAUAGAACCACAAUAGGGCACUGAACAAGGAAAAAAGGCGCCCUUUUAUACCAGAGCGUCUGUAGCUUUAACUCCACGCCCAAAAAAUGUCAGGGAGCGUGGAGUAGUUUGAAAGCGCGCAUGCGUUUCAUCUUAAGAGGGGGUGUGUGUAGAGCAGCCGGCGUCCGACAUGCCGUGCCGUCACAUGGAGGAUUUAGAACCCGGAGCUACACCUCGCGGGUCCAUGGGGAAAAGGUAAGGUAUCGUGACAGUCCCCUAGUAUCUCAGUUUCCCCAUGUCUCCCAGUGGACAGACAUGAGGACACUGGGAGACUAGGGGACGUUGGAAGACUAGGGGACACUGGGAGACUAGGAGACACUGGGACACAUUGGGACACAGAGAGACAUAGGGACACUGAGACACAUGGGGACACUUGUGGACACAGACACAUCAAGACACUGGGAGACAUGGGGAUACUAAGACCAUUGGUGACACUGAGACACUAGGGACACUGAGAUACAUGGGGACACAGACACUAGGAUACACUGGGAGACUAAGGACACUGGGAGACAUGGGGACACUGAGACACUGGCUGGGAGACACAGUGACCCAGAGACUAGGGGACACUGGGAGACAUGGAGACACAGACACUGGCUGGGAGACAUGGGGACACAUAGACUAGAGGACACUGGGAGAAAUGGGGACGUUUUGUCCCAUGAGUGAUGGGUGGGGGCCCUAAAUUAAAAUGGGGGGGCCUAUUGUCCUUCCCCUGGCCCCCACCCAUAAGCGGAGGAUGGAGCCCUAAAUUACAAUAAGGGGGGGACGGGGACCUAUUGUUCUCCUCCCUGGCCCCCACCCAUGGGUGGCAGGUGGGAGCUAAAUGUAACCCCCCACCCAAAUAAAUAAAAAAAUUCUUCCUUACCCCCCUCACCAUAAAAAUAGUGAGGGGGGAAUGAGAAAACUAAAUCCCUGUAAAUAAAAAAUAACUUACCAUUUGAUGUCUUCUUUUUUCUAAAAUCUUAUUUUUUUAGCCCCAAAAAAGGCCAAAUAGAAAUUCAUAAUACCCAUCAAACGAAUAGGCCCCCCCCCAUUUUCAUUUAGGGCCCCCACCAGCCACUCAUUGGUGGGGGCCGGGAGGAGAACAAUAGGCCCUUAUUGUAAUUUAUGGCCCCCACCUGCCGCUCAUGGGUGGGAGCCAGAGGGAGAGGACAACAGGUUCCCCCCAAUUUUCAUUUAGGGUCCCCAUCAGACGCUCAUGGGUGGGGGCCAAGGAGGACCUUAUGUCCCCUGUUUACUUGAAUAGCCCCCCUCACGGGGCAUGGGUGGGGACUCUGGAGGGGAACCCAAUGUGUCCCCCCCCCGGCUAGUUAAGAUACCCCACUAUUGGGGCUAUUUAUUGGGGGUGGAGGGUUUAUUUAAAAAAAAAAUUUACAACAGUGAGCAGACUGCUCACUGUUUACUAGACUUGCCCCUACUCGCGAUAUAGGAAAGGAGGCAUCGCGAGAACACGGAGGAAAGGUGAAACGCUGGUCAGAGAUGGUCAAGCGUAGGAAACCUCCAUAAGACAAAGUAAUUCCUACUUUGUCUUAUGUUUUAAAGAAAACUAGAGCAGGCAGGAAGAAAUGCAGAACAGAUCCUGACAGAGGGAGAGAAGAGGAAGCGAGUAAAGAAAGAUAGGAUCGGCAUUACAGUGCUGCUUUAAUGUUUUCAGAUACAUGAUAUAAUGUUUCCAUUAAAUACUACUUUGGCCUAUUUCUGAAAAUAUAACUCCUCUUAGUUAUGUGACUUUCACGUUUCACAUGUAUUUUUCCCCAGAGAUGCUGUAGUAAAUCGAGUGUUUAACAAAGUGUCCCCAAUCCACGACAGAAUAUUCUGUGCACUGUCUGGCUCUGCAGCCGAUGCACAGACUGUAGCUGAGAUGGCUAGUUAUCACAUGGAUAUACACAGGUAGGUUGUUAAGACCUUAUUUUCUCUGCAUGUAAAACCUUUGUACAUAACAGGCCCCCUGGAGUUAAUUGUCAGACCUCUACCAGUUCAUUAUUAGAUUACACACAUGAAGUGCAGGUAGGAGAUGGAGAAAUACCAAGUGAGAUCCACUGUUUUUUUAAUGUGGAGAGGACAUGGGGACCCCAUUGACUUGUUUUCUAGAAGGGUUAUUUUGUCUUGCUGUCCUAAUUUAUUAGGUUAUCCUAUACAUCCCUGUGCUUUAUGGAUUUUGUUAGUUAACAGAAUGGAGGAGUUUGGGUGCUGAUAAUGGGGGACACUUGUGGCCAAUAGAUGUUUCAGUUACUUUUUCUUUUGUUGCUGGUUCUACCAUGUGCUGUUUAUCAUGCAGCAGUGCCAUCAUCAACUGAAAAACGAAUUAAAGGACCACUCUAGGCACCCAGACCACUUCAGCUUAAUGAAGUGGUCUGGGUGCCAGGUCCAGCUAGGGUUAACCCAUUUUUUUUAUAAACAUAGCAGUUUCAAAGAAACUGCUAUGUUUACAAAUGGGUUAAUCCUUCCUCCAAUUCCUCUAGCGGCUGUCUUAUUGACAGCCACUAGAGGCGCUUGCGUGAUUCUCACUGUGAAAAUCACAAUGAGAGCAUGCAAGCGUCCAUAAGAAAGCAUUGAAAUGCUUUCCUAUGCGACCGGCUGAAUGAGCGCGCAGCUCUUGCCGCGCGUGCCCAUUCAGCCAAAUGGGAGGAACGGAGGAGGAUCGGAGGAGGAGAGCUCCCCGCCCAGCGCUGGAAAAAGGUACGUUUUUACCCCUUUCCUCUCCCCAGAGCCGGGCGUGAGGGGGUCCCUGAGGGUGGGGGCACACUCAGGGCACUAUAGUGCCAGGAAAACGAGUAUGUUUUCCUGGCACUAUUGUGGUCCUUUAACAUGCAGCAAUUUAUAAACAUAAUUACUUAAAUAACUAAUUCAAUUUAAUAAAAAAAUAGAUUAUUACAAAACAAUGAUAGUGUUAGCUUUAGUUCAGGUAGAUCAAUUGUCUCUGCCGUCUUAGUGUCCAUCAGAAAUAUUGGGGUCCGUGUUCGACAAACUCAGACAUGCUUUGUCCCAGAUUUGAAAAAUGUAUAUUUGGAAGUGUCCAGAUUUUUACAUUAGGUAUUGCACCAGACCCCAAUAUUUCAGAUGGCUUCCUCGAUGAGAGUUUGCUCUUUGACCUCAAUAUAUUCUGAAUGUCUUAUAAUGUGCUCUCUCCACCCUUAGUAUAGAAAUGCAGACUCAACCAUUAGUUAUGGCAGCCGCCAACCUUGUGAAAGGAAUCAGCUACAAGUACAAAGAAGAGAUAUCUGCGCACCUCAUAGUGGCGGGAUGGGAUAGAAAGAACGGAGGACAGGUAUGUUCAGUAUAUGGUUAAGUCUACAAAACAUAUGAUUAAAAACUAUAUAUAUAUAUAUUCUACACAAGAUCACUUUGGCAGCAAAACGAGCCUUGGCCCAAUCAUGGUUACAACCAGAUAUUCCCUCUGUUCCGGUGGUUAUUGCUAAAAUUAAACUAACAGCACAGCUUAGGGGUUCUCUGGCAAAAUCUGAGAAAGUCUGGGGGUCCCUGGGCCAAUAACGAUGUGGUAGUUUGCUGAUCCAUCACUUAUAUAUACUAUUAUAUACUCUGAUACAUUUUUACAGGCCACAUGGCUUUGUUUACUUUGUCUUUUGUACUGACUGUCAUACAAAAUUAAAGAAUCUAUAUAAAAAAAUAAAGAAUAUACGGUAUAUAUAUAUAUAUCCAAGUAGCUGUCCAUCUGGUAAGAGACCUACUACUUAUCUAAAAGGGGGAAGGUUAGUGAGUUCCAUUAGAAAACAUGUUGAGUGGACAAGCGGUAAUGAUGCAAGUGAGGGAGCUAACUGAAUGGUGAUGAGAAGCGAUUAUACUAUAUCCACUUUCUAUUAUUACAAAGAGCUGCAGAAUAUAUGAGUUCCAUGGCACGUUAUGACAUGAAUUUCUGUGUUAUUUCAUCUACUGCAGAGUGCUUGAUGUCACGCUGUGCAAUAAAAAUUGGAAUACUGACAGUGAGCCGAGCAGGGCCCCUUGUCUCAGGGACAUAUGGGAUCCAGCCUGUCUGAGUAUAUUGGGAGUUACACUCUGAAACAACAGCUGCCACCAUUAAAUCAGUCCCUCUCCAAAAAGGAAUAUUAAGGGAAAGGAGCUGGGGAGACAGUGGCAUUCUAUUUCCCCAGAUCAUCCCUCAGGUUAGUUAUUAGGGUGCAGAACUUUCCAAGCUGUCUGCACUGGUUGGCUGUUUUCCUUGCAGCUGAUCGAGCAAAAAAUUGUCACGACUGGCAACAAACUCUUCUGAGUCUUUCCUAUUGAUGGAAUAUGAGAUUCUUUUCUGAAUUAUUCCUGUUAAUGUUUAAAUGGACACUAUAGUGUUAGGAAUAAAAAUCUGUUUGUAAACCAAAUGCUAGUAUCCUUAUCCCUAUUAGUUUCAGGCCUUCAGACCCCCACCCCCCACUGUGUGCACUGUAAAAAUAAACUAAAUUAUUUGACUCACUUUUUUCCAGUGCCUAGUCUCCCUCGAUGAUGGAUGACCUCACCUGUUCCGCCUCGAGUGAUGUCAUCCUUGAGGCGUGCCAAUCAAAUUCUCCUCAUAAUAGAGAAUUGGGAACCAUAGGUGCAUGAACAGCAUAUGCAAUGAUUCUCUAUAACAGACUGUGAUGGCAAUGCACAUGCCCGCGUGAUGUCACAGUAUUCCUGGUUGUGGGAGCUGGGAUGUGAGAGUUUCAGCUCUCCUACUGAAUGUGUUUGGAAGUGCUUACAAGCCUUCAAUCUAUUAAAAUAUUACAUUUUGGGGGUAGGACCCUGGGUGGAUGGGACUAAAGGUACUAUAACAACCUCAAUGAGAAGAAGUUGUUAUAGUGCCUACAGUGUUCCUUUAAGCAAUGGACGCAAGUUAACAUUGUAACAUAUAUGUUUUAAUAGAAACUUAGCAAAUGCUGGCCAUUAAAUCAAGCAUCAAUAUUAGAAAAAGAGGUCCAGGCACUCCGAUGUCUCCAGGCACCUUUAUCAUUAAAUCAAGUGUCAUCCUAAUCCCCCGUGACCACCAAUGGUCCUGGAUGAAAGCAUUAUCCAAUUCUGUUCUGUGAAAUCUGUCAAGUGUCUGACUAUGCUUUAUAAUGAAUGUGAAAUAUAAUAAGAAAAAAUCUGGCUACUAAUUUAAAUCGAAGGCACCACAAUCUAUGAAGUGUUAAUUAUGUACAGUUUUUAAUUUUCUCCAAAUCUUUUUUUUGGGGGGAAAUCUGCAGGCACAACCUCUGUGUAGCAGAACGCUGAUCUCUCACAGACUAUUUCCGAUGGUAGUCCAGGUGUGGCUCAGGAACAAGCAAUAAUCCCAGGCACAGUAUCCACAGUGAGAGAAUAAUCCUGCAGCAUAACAAACACAAUAGUAUCCCAUCACCUUUCUCAAUAACUGGAGGACACACAGUAUCAGGAGCAGAACUUAACUGAGGUUUAAUUUCACAUUCCCUGCUUUUAUGCAAUGCUCCCAUGCAAGGGAGACACCCACAAUAAUUAGUACAUUCACCAAUCGGAUACAUGUUACCUCCCACACAUCUCCACCCCUCUAUACAUGCCACAAACAUAAAAAUCACAUAUUCGAACUCAGCAUACUUUAAUUAUAAGCAUAGCCAACAUUCAGCCAAUUCCAUCCAGGGGCUAAAAAGUUAGCUGGUGGUCCCUUUUUGACCGACCGCAAGCACAUUUUCAUGCCCAAAACAGUUCCAUAGAUUCGGUCGGUCUAUUACAGGCUGAAAAAACGUGUUCGAAUUGCCGAACGGGACUUAGUCUCUGCAGCUGAAAAUUCAGUGUAGGAGAAGGUAAGGGUCAGUGGUGUUCGCGGAACUGUGUAGCCGAUUUCAGUUCCAUGAAUUUGGCUCCACACACCGCUGACCACAUUGAAUGAAAAAAAGAUGGCUGCCGCCACGUGUUGGUUUGCACGAACUGUGGCCACCCAGCGUUCGGCAAUUUACCUACAGCAGGCUCCCAGCCUGGGAGGUAAAUUGGCUGCACACUUCCAGUUCUGGGUGGUCCGCCUGUGCAGUGAAUGGCUCGGUAAGCCCCAAUUACCGAACCAUAAGGGAAAAGCCAUUUAAAAAUUAUUUCCAAAGUCUGGGUACACUGGGGACACCGUCUUAAAGGGGCCUUGUUCCAAAUAGGUCUGGAGAAACAGAUUUAAAGGGGCAUUGUCCCAAAGUUUCUCCAUGCCCCAAAAUGGUUCUCAAAGGGCUAGCAGCAACAUACAAAUCCAAUAUGCCCAAAUAUUGUACUUAAAGGGCCAUAUCUUCCUGGGACCAUAAUCACUGGGUAGGAGGUGGGCCAGCAGCCUCUCCAAGAAUACAUGGCAAACCCUGUUAAAGGGGCAAGUUUGCUACACGCUGCAUCUCAAUGUGUCCAGUAUCAAUAAUUACAAUAGCUAAACAUCAAAGAGACUCUCUGCACGGCAGAAUGCACAAGAUAUGACAUAAGCAUUCUCUUUAUUCCUUCAUCUAUAGCAUGUACAUUGUGUAAAAGUCUAUGAUAAGGUGUUAAAUAGCACAAUAAAGAGCUUCAGACACAUUAUCAGUCAAGUGUAAAAUACACAGACAUGUCGGAUUUCUUUGAAAAUCAGUUAACCAUUAACUUUUGGGCACUAUAGAAGAAAACCAGACAUCCCAUGAUUCUACAGCAUGGUGAUUGCUUGCACAAAUGAUCAGAUAUGGAAUUCAGGAGAAAGGGAGUAAGGUUGCAGUGCUCCUGUCAUUAAAAGUACUGUUAGCAGGGUUCACAUAUUAUGCAAAUGCUGUGGUUAUGUCAGAAACAUACUGUAAUUAUUUUCACAUACAGUAAGUAUUUUCAUAUGGGUGGUUCAUGUCUGGAUCAUCUAUAGCCAGUACCAAGGACGAGUGCAUGAGGAAAUUAUUUAGAGUAGAGAGAUGGGCACAGCUGUGGGAGUAGGUUCAAGGUUUUGAUUAGUGCCUAAUGCUUAGAUAGUCAACCCAGUGGGGCCACGCUCGUUUCCAGAAUUUAGCAGGAUACUUUGUUUUACGUGCCAUUGUUUCAUAGUUUAGUGUGAUUGAAAUUUGGUCUAAACACUCCCGCAUAGAUUGGGCAGAGGUAUUUAGCCAGUUUCUGCUAAGACCAUAAGUGCUGCAGUUAGCACAUGGUUGAUGAAGUAUAUGUGUUGUAUCUGUAGCUUUUCGCGCAGGACAACAUGCGCAGGCAUCCCCACAACCAAUUGUCAGUGCAGUGGUUGGCAACAUGCCUGUGUAUGUAUGGCUUAAGGAUUUCAGGAUCCAUGCCAGGUAGGGUAAAUUGUGUCCAUCAGUGUGGAAUGCUUCAAUGCGCAUCCAAGGGGUUGGAUCUUAACGUGUGUGGGCUGAAUGCUUUUUAAUAAGUGUCAACAUUAAAAUGGGAAUCUGGCCAAUAAUUCAAACUUACAAGUCAGUUUGGCAAGAAGUAUGUAUGGAUUGAAUUACAUAAGACAGUUAUGAGCUAUCAAUGAAGUUAAAAAAAAAAUUAAAUGGAAAUACGACUCUAACCAAAGUGUGCCAUGGUCCGUAAAGGUUGGGUACAUAAAAGCCAAUGUGAGAAAGGUGACAUUUUUGGAAUAAUGCAGAACUGAAAAGAACCAUAAGACAGAAAAAAAGUGUUCAUGUGACAAUACUCCAUAAAGAGAUACAUCUGAUUAUUCUGCAGGGUACAGGACCGAAAUAGUUAAAUUAGACCUAGCUAGAAUUCACACAUGCAUAGUGAUGAGCUAGAAUUCACACAUGCAUAGUGAUGAUUUAGAAGCUAAAAAUAGUUUUUUUUCCUUACACUGUAGGAAGAUUAGUAAUAGUGAAGUGAGGCAGAAUUGGAAGGGUUAAAUGAGGGCUAGCUCAUGAAGGCUGCUCAAGCAAAGUGAAGUUUUGUUGUAAUACCGUCAUAAUCUUUUAACACUGGCAGUAUAAGAUUACGUGUAAUAUAUUUUGUUUGUGCAUUAUUUUGUAAUGAAUGCCCAAAAAUGAAUACCUGUUUUGAGUGGUUCUCCUGGCUGACUCCAAUGUAUCGUUAAAGGAACAGAUACACAAUUGAAAGAGAAAAAGAAAGGAAAAAGAAGACUGGAGCCAAUAUUUGCAAAAAUCCUGCUAGCUGGGGGUGGGGUGUAACCCCUAUAGAAUUAGUUCAUAAACAAAAAAAGAGAAAAUUGAAGAAUGCAAAGAAAAAGCAUGUGGGAAUAGUGGAAUACUCCUAUGGUGAAACAACCUAAGUCGUUAAAAUGUAACUUUUAAUAAGUCAUUAGUAAAAAUGUCCAUCAAUUUCCCCCAUGUCUCUGUUUUAUUCUGGAAGUCAGUUACUUGUUAUCUAGUAUCACCCUUUCUAUCAUUGUAAAGCACUGUGGUAUAUGUUGGUGCUAUAUAAAUGUCAAUAAUAAUCAAAUAGGCCUCCUUUCUUUUUAAUACGGUUUCCCUAUCUCCACUUGUUCUUAACUAUAGCACCUCAUUAAUUUUCGGAAUUUUUCACUGUGUAAUAUGCCAGCAUCAAUAAAAUGUUUGGGCAAAUCAAAUUUCCUUGUUUAUGUUGUUAAAUUAUACUGAAUACAUUUUUCUCUAAAAUUAUCAGUAGUUUCACCCAAAAGUAGAAUCACACAGGGACUUUUCAAUGUGUUCCUGAGAUCCAGUGUUUUUCUCUGACUCCUAAACCCAAGAACACUGGGUGAAAGAUGAGAGGGGGAGGUUUAUUCUUGGAGAUCCAGAAACCAGAAUAUUGAUUAUUGAUUUAAGAAAGCGUUCAGAAUAAUGCAGCCACCAAUUUUGGAUUUUAGUUGCUGUUCUUGAGAUUUUUUUAAGUUUGUGUAUAUAGGUGUAUUGGGUUGCAAAGAGCCCAAUGUAUUAUUGGAAUAAACUGAUUUUUAUAGAACCACAAGAUAUGCCACAACACUGCGCAAAAGGUAACCAACUCAUUUAAAUAACUGCAACUGCUAACUAGUCAAUUACACAGGAGCAGAAAGUGAUGAGUCCCUUGCUAAGUGCAGUUACAGUCAAUGAAAGGUAUUCUUACAGAAAUGAUAAAAUAAAUGGCACUGUGUCCAGAGGGAAAACUGACUGCAAAGUAUGCUAACAAUAUGACAGCAUACAAACAAACAUUACUAUAAGACUUGCAUAGGGAGAAUGUGGAAACAUCUUGAAGACAAUAUGGACAUAAGACUGGGGUGGAAUGUAGUGUGAAAUCAACUGGAUACUAAUCAAAUGGGGCAGGAAGGGCAUUUCUUAAAAACAACCAUGUUAGCACAUUAUUGUUGACCAUUGCAUUAGGGCCUUGGCAUUUCGUAAGGCACAUAUAUUUAUGCUUGGAUUUAAAUAUGUUAUCACUUUUUUCCAGUAAAAUUUGCCAGACCAGCCUUGAGCUUUCCUCGUUAUUCCAUUCACAAGUUACCGGGACAUGAGAUGAGGCAAAAGUUAUAAGGUGACUCUUUUCUGUAACCGAUCUCCCUCUGCUUUACAGGUCUAUGGGACGUUGGGUGGAAUGAUCACACGGCAGCCUUUUGCCAUCGGAGGCUCCGGCAGCACUUACAUUUACGGUUACGUUGACUCUGUCUACAAGCCAGGGAUGUCCAAAGAAGAAUGUGAGAGAUUUGCUGUCCAUGGUGAGAAGACGAUUUAUGUCAUUCUAUUUACCUUUAAUAUCAACCAAUAA